AUGUCAGCAACAAACGGCGCACCCAAGGCCGAGGCCGCGACUUACACGCACGGCCACCACGCCUCGGUGCUGCGGUCGCACACCUGGCGCACCGCCACCAACUCGGCCGCCUUCCUGUUGCCACACCUGAAGCCGUCGAUGCGCGUCCUCGACGUCGGCUGCGGACCGGGAACCAUCACCGUUGAUCUCGCCGCGCUGGUUCCGCAGGGGCACGUCACAGGCCUCGAACGGGCGGGCGAUGUGCUCGAAAAGGCGCGCGCCCUCGCCGCCGAACGGGGCAUCGCCAACAUCGAGUUCGUUGUCGGCGACGCCAACGCCCUCGACUUCCCCGAUGAUAGCUUCGACGUCGUCUUCUGUCACCAGGUGCUGCAGCACGUCAAGGACCCCGUCGGCAUCCUGCGGGAGAUGCGUCGCGUCGCCAAGACAGGCGGCAUCGUCGCCGCCCGCGAGUCCGAUUACGGCGCUUUCUCAUGGUUCCCCAAUAUUGAUGGCAUGGAGGACUGGCGCGCCCUGUACCGCCGCGUGGCGGCUGCCAACGGCGGCGAGCCCGACGCGGGACGCAUGGUGCACGCCUGGGCUCGCCACGCCGGCUUCGCGCCGGCCGACGUAACCGCCAGCUCCACCAGCUGGUGCUACAGCACCCCCGAGGAGAUUGUCUGGUGGAGUGGCCUGUGGGCGGAGCGAACGGUGGCCUCGGCGUUUGCCAAGACGGCCACGGAGGCCGGCGUGGCCACCGAAGACGAGCUCAAGAAGACUUCGGACGUGUGGAAGCGCUGGGGAGCUGAGGAGGAUGCGUGGUUUGCGGUGCCGAGCGGCGAGGUCAUAUGCCGCAAAAGAGCAGAGCCUUGA